GUAGAGUUAGGCCAAUAUUUCCGACAGCGAGCGCCGCCAAGUCACCAAAGACGAAACGAAUGGCGCCCACCCAAAAUGGGAGGGACCGGGAAAAGUUUCUCCGGGUGCAGCUUUUGUGUCUUGCCCUGAUUGGAAUAAAGCGUCACGAAACUGUGUCAAGCCGGACGAUUUUCCAUGUCUGCUUUAUCUCGAUGGUGAUCAUGGAUUUGGCGACGAUUCUUUUUGCCCUGGAGCAUGCCAACGACAUUGCCCUCGUGUGUGACUGCUUGGGACCCACGUUUACCGCCUAUCUGGGCAUCGUCAAGCAGUACUGUCUCAGUGCCCAUCGGGUGGAACUGUGGAACAUUAUCGAAACGCUGAGACGCCUCAAGGAUUAUGCUGGAAUUAGCGAAAUCGAAUCAAUUGAGCGGAACAACAAAAUCGAUCGAUUUCUGGCGACGGCUUAUCUGAUGUCGGCAUCUGCAACGGGAUCACUGUUCAUCAUUGCGGCACUGGCUAAAGGAUGUUAUAAGUUGAUUUUUCAAAACAUCAUCGAGUGGGGAUUUCCGCUUUCGUUGAGCUUUCCAUUCAAAACGAGUCAUCCGAUUGUGUUCGGCAUGUUUUUCGUCUGGUCCAGUGCCGCCAUCUAUAUAGUUGUAUUUUGCUCUGUAUCCAGUGAUGCCAGCUUCGGUGGAUUGGCCUCCAAUGUAGUUGUCCAUUUCAAAUUGCUCCAGAAACGUUUGCAGGAUGCCACAUUCGCUGACAAUGACGAAAAUUUAAAACAACUCAUUGAAUACCACUCGCUGUUGCUUAAUUUGUCGCGCAAAAUUAUGUCAUCAUUUCGUGUUAUUAUCAUCAAUAAUUUAUUGGUAGCUUCGGUAUUAUUAUGCGUUCUGGGAUUUCAACUGGUGAUGUUUCUGGGUUCUACACUGAUGCUAAUUUAUCUCAUGUACGUGACGGCUAUCGUGAUUCAGAUCACAUUUUUUGCAUAUUAUGGAUCGCUUUUAUUGCAUGAGAGUGAAGAAGUCAGCAUUUCGAUCUACUGUAGUAAUUGGUACGAAGCAUCACCUAAAACCAGACGCAUAUUGCUCCAAUGCUUGAUGCGGGCUCAAGUUCCGGUAAACACCAAAGCAGGAUUCAUGGUAGCUUCCUUACCAACGUUGAGAGCCAUUCUUAAUUCAGCUGGCUCGUACGUUGCUUUGCUUUUAUCAUUCACUGAUAAUUAAUAUCCUG